GUCUUGAGAGAACAUCCCGAUUCUAAUCCCGAUAUGAAAUCAGAGUCCAAAUCCAAUUUCAACCCUGAUUUGGGAACCAAAUCGGGAUUGGGAACCAAUACGAUGUCCAAAAAGAUAUCAAUGGACGAUGCAAUCGACCUGAUUGUGGAAGGAUUUGCACCAAUUGCGGAUGUGCCUGUCACUCGUGUGGGCAUUUGGCAGUACACUCUCGUGCCAUUGGAUGAAUUGGAGAGAACCACAGCAGACAGUGAUG